AUGAGAUCACCAAGUCUCCCGCGACUGCCAGUCUCAGCAAGACCCGAGGCCAUUCUCGAUAUUUACAACGAUUAUGGAUGUGUAAUUAUCGAGGGGCUUCUCAGUUCAUCCGAGGUUGCCUCAAUGAAUCAAGAGAUUGAUCCUGGACUGGCAAAACUUGCUCCCGGUAAAAACGGGGUGCCGUUGGAAGAGUUCCUGGGCAUAAACACAAAGCGAUUGCCACUGGCUCCAAAUAGCCGUACUUUCCGCGAGGUGAUUCUGGAGAAUGAUCUGAUGCACGCUCUGAGUGAAUCGAUAUUAUGUGACAGUCCUGGGGAAGGGUAUCAUAUCAACUGUGCACAGGUGAUUGAGAUCGGACCCGGUAACGCGGCACAACCACUGCAUCGAGAUCAAAGUGUAUGGCCUUUCUGGGACCUGAUUCCAUCUCCAGCACCGGAGGCUUGCAUCAACUUCUUUUGCGCCUUGACCCCAUUUACGGAGGCCAAUGGCGCCACAAGAGUGGCCCCGAAAACGCAUCUUGAUGUCGACCUAAACAACUUGAAUCCGCCCCAACUUCUGCCAGUUGAGAUCAACCCCGGCGAUGGAUUUCUCUUUUCCGGCAGACUUGUUCAUGGUGGGGGAGAGAACAGGACCAAUGAGUACCGUCGUGGUAUCACAAUCCACAUUGCCCGCAAGGGCCUCAUGACGGAGGAAGCACAUCCACUAUCAAUCCCUCGCGAGAUUGCAGAGACCAUGUCUUACAGGGGCCAGGCGAUGUUCGGCUUCCGAAGCAACUGGCCGAUCAAGGAUGGACCCGUUGGGACCUACUGGUCCAGUAACUUUGACGAGAUUGGUGGCCAUUUAGGACUAAAGUCUAGCUAG